GCCCGCAAGGAGUUGCCAGCCUGCGGACUUUUCUGGUCUGCGUAUCGCUCUCUUUGACUCUCAGGGAGGCCGACUGAUUGGUUGAUCUAUGAAGUGUCUGCCCUGCAUCUGUGGAGCCGCCCAAGCGAUGACAGACAAGCUGGACUCCUCCUGCCUCCCCGAGGGAUACCAGUGUGUGCUCUACGACGGUAUGUCUGACACUCUUGCCGCACACACGACAGACAAUCAUUAUGUCAGACGUGCCGGUGUGUGUGUAUGCCUGCAGACUUCCAGAGCGACGGGGUUGACAGGGACAAGUGGGACUUCCGGCUGGACACAUCAAAGGUCGCCAGUAGUGAGUAGUGAGUAUCGCAUGCGCAGAUCUAGGCAGGCACGUGUGUGCACAGGCAAGCCGAUACGCCCUUGUGUGUGUGUGUGUGUGUGUGCGCGCGUGUGACCUUGCAGGUAUGUCACUGUGAUGCCGAGUGCGUGGGUGUGGCGAAGGGCGCGUGCCUCAAGAUCAGUCUGCUCGACAUGAAGGACCUCGCAGCACGCAGACGGCUCACCACCACCGACAUCAACACAGAGCAGCCCGAGGCAUGCGAUGAGAGUCCUGUGGGUGGCAACUGCCCGUUCGCCGGGGGCGGCAUCGUCACCAAACAAGCGUUCAAGGUACGCGCAAUGCAACACACACACACACACACACACACACACACGGGAGGAGUCAGUCGGUCAACCAAUACGCUCUCUCUCUCUCUCUCUCUCCCUGCGUGUGGUCAGCAUGGCUACUUUGAGAUGCGCGCGCGUAUGUGGUGUGAGAAGGGGUGGCACCAGGCCUUCUGGCUGACCACCUCACACGACCUCAGAGCCCCGGCCAGCGGCCCGCGGCAGGAGAUCGACAUAGUGGAGACCCGCAGCGGACACAAAAGCAUGACCUGGAACCUGCACAGGCAAUGAUCUGCACACACACACGCACAUGUAGUUCUGCCGCUGUGUGUGUGUUAGGUGGAUGCCCCGUCCGCACGAGAAGAUCAUCGGCAAGUGCAUCCACCCCACACCCGACCUCAGCAAGGACUUCCACACGUGGGGACUCCUCUGGACAGACAGUGAGCUGGUGUGGGACCGAAGCGGCACAUACACACAUAGACAGACAGGCAGACCGACAGAGGCAUGCCCCACACAGACACAGAGAGAGAGGCGCAGGCCCCACACAACACAUGUGUCUUCAGUGUGAUGUCACCCCCGUGUUGACGUAGGUGUGGUAUUUCGACGGCCAAGAGACGGGUCGCGUGGAUCUUACCGCCGUCCCCAUCGCCGCGGCCGACUGGACGCCCCAGUACGUGUGGGUGACGGCCAUCUCCCUCGAGACGACCUACAAGGACAUCGACACCAAGAAACUGCCCGGAUGCAUGGAAGUCGCAUACGUCAAGAUCUACCAGAAACAGACAUAGAGAGGGGAACUCUUUUCUUGCUGCCAGGGGAUGUUUGUUUAGUGGGUGAGUGGGAGGGAAGAAGACUGUUUAGCGCUCGGUGUGCCUGAUGGAUGACUGCUCUUUUCUUAGCCCAAUUGCUGCCUGCCUGAGAGACGGUGACCAAAUCAGAUGGCGUUCAUCCACCUCUGGUGAGCAUUUUGUCGACAGACAGAAAUGCUCGUCAAGGGUGGCGGAUGGCCAUGACAUGUGAGCCAUUCUCGCAUACGGCAUGCGAAAUUUGAGUAGUGGCGUGUGUCUGCUGCCAAAUGAGUAGUUAAGACAAGACAUCUGGAAAGAACUGAAUGAAUCGAUAUAUCA